AUGGUUGGACUCACAUCAGCUUCUGGCCUCGUUGGCUUCCUGUCCGAGCCAGACCCAGAGCUCAGAGUGUUUGCUUUGAAGACACUUGACGCUGAAGUCGAUGUGCUCUGGACAGAUAUUGUCGAUGCUAUCCCUCAAAUAGAGGCGUUAUACGAAGACGAGACCUUCCCCGAGCGCGAACUCGCAGCUUUAGUAGCUUCGAAAGUCUACUACCACUUACAAGAAUACAAUGAGAGCAUGGUGUUCGCACUAGGAGCUGGAAAGUUAUUGAACUUGGAUAAGGGUGGCGAAUUCGAGCAGACGAUCAUCUCCAAAUGUAUCGACACAUUCAUAGCGCUAUCCGCCAGCCGCCAUCCAUCGGUUGGUGAAGCUCCGUUGUCUCUCAACACAGCCUUUCCUUCCUCGAACGGCGCUACGAACACAUCUGCCAGUCUGGCUUCUCCUAUUACUCCAUUCUCACAAUCCGCCCUCCCCUCCAAAUCUCUUUUGUCGCGUGAGGAAGAACCAAGCGCAGAUGCCACUUUCCCGCAAGACAGCGCUUCCAAAUUCGAAGAGACUUCCUUGGUUGUGAGAAGAGGUGUCCAGAAACAAUUACAAGGUGUAAUUGAGCGAUUAUUCGAACAGUGUUUCCGCCAGCAACGAUAUCGUCAGGUUGUCGGAAUCGCAAUCGAAGCAAAGAAUCUAGAUGUCCUUCGGACGGCUAUCCUUCGUUGCAGUGAAUCUGAGAAGCAACAACAAGGAGAAGCCUCAAGACAUGGCGAGGAGUUGAUCGAAUAUGUACUAGACAUCUGCAUGAGUGUGAUUCAGGAGCGAAGUUUCCGUAAUGAGAUUUUGAAACUCAUUUUGGAGCUCCUGAAUCAAAUUCCAUCCCCAGAUUAUUUCGCCAUCGCCAAAUGUGUUGUUUACCUCGACGAGCAUUCCAUGGCCACCGAGAUUCUCCGACAACUCAUCGACAAGGACGAGACUCGGGCCCGAACAAUCGCUUAUCAGAUUUCAUUCGAUCUCUACGAUAACAGCACUCAAGAAUUCUUGAAGAAAGUGAUUGCUGAGAUUGAGGAGCUUCUUCCAGAAGAACCCAAAACUGAAAACGCAAACGAAGAGGCCGCCACCGAGGCAGACUCCUUGCUGGCAAAUCAAUCCUCCUCCAAGGCCGAGUUGACUGAGGAGGCCCGUUUGGCUUUUACAAAUAUACGCGACAUCCUACAAGGUGUCAAGACCAUUCAAUUGAACCUUGAGUUCCUCUACCGUAGCAAUAAGGCCGAUGUGUCGAUUCUUAACAAAAUCCGGGAUAGCCUUGAAGCCAGAAACUCGAUUUUCCACAAUGCUGUCACUUUUUCAAAUGCAUUUAUGCAUGCAGGAACGACGCACGACAAGUUCUUCCGAGACAACUUGGAGUGGCUCGGAAAAGCCGUCAACUGGUCUAAGUUCACGGCAACCGCUGCUCUGGGUGUGAUUCACAAGGGAAAUUUGUCGGAAGGUCGAAAGCUUUUGGCCCCGUAUCUCCCUCGUGAACAUAUCUCCGGAGUCGGUAGCACGGGCUCUGUCUACAGCCAGGGUGGUUCGCUUUUCGCAUACGGAUUGAUAUACGCCAAUCACGGUGGUGCUGCUGUUGAGCUUAUCCGUGAUCACUUCAAGAAGGCAACCGAGGAAGUUGUGCAGCAUGGAGGCGCUCUUGGUCUUGGUGUUGCUGGUAUGGCAACAGGCGAUGAGGGUAUCUGGGAGGAUCUCAAGUCUGUUCUCUACACCGACUCUGCCGUGAACGGAGAGGCUGUUGGUUUGGCUAUGGGCCUUGUCAUGUUGGGUACUGGUAACAUGAAACUGUUAGAAGAAAUGGUUCAAUAUGCACACGAGACUCAGCACGAGAAGAUUGUGCGAGGUCUUGCAUUGGGCAUGGCUUUGAUCAUGUACGGCCGUCAAGAAGCAGCUGACGAACUCAUUAACGGUUUGCUGGGCGACCCUGAUCCUUACCUCCGUUACGGAGGUAUCAUGACCGUUGCAUUGGCCUACUGCGGUACGGGAAGUAAUAAAGCUGUCCGCAAGCUUCUUCAUGUUGCAGUUAGCGACGUCAACGAUGACGUCCGUCGAGUGGCAGUCAUGAGCUUAGGAUUUAUCUUGUUCCGCAAGCACCAGAGCGUUCCUCGCAUGGUUGAGUUAUUAUCUGAGUCAUACAACCCACAUGUCCGUUAUGGUGCUGCGAUGGCUUUGGGUAUCUCAUGUGCUGGCACUGGUCUUGAUGAAGCUAUCGAUCUCUUAGAACCCAUGCUCAAGGAUCCUACGGAUUUCGUCAGGCAGGGUGCCCUCAUCUCUCUUGCCAUGGUCCUCGUUCAACAGAACGAGACUAUGAACCCCAAGGUUGGCAGCAUUCGCAAAAUGAUGAAUAAGAUGAUCACAGAUCGCCAUGAGGAUGCUAUGGCUAAGUUUGGUUGUGCUCUUGCUUUGGGUAUUAUUGAUGCUGGUGGGCGCAACUGCACCAUCAGUCUACAGACCCAGACGGGUAAUCUCAACAUGCCUGGUAUUGUCGGUGCUGCUGUCUUCACACAGUACUGGUAUUGGUUCCCUCUUGCACACUUCCUUUCCCUGAGUUACACGCCUACUGCAGUCAUUGGUGUCGAUCAAUCCCUCGAAGUUCCUGUAUUCCAAUUCCAUAGCAACACAAGACCUAGCCUCUUCGACUAUCCUCCUGAGCAGCAAGUGAAGGCUGACGAAGCUCCUGAGAAAGUGAAGACGGCUGUUCUUUCUACUACUAAUCAAGCCAAGCGACGUGCUCAGCGUCGCGAAAAGCAACAAAGGCGAGAAAGCAUGGACGUUGAUCAGACACCCACGACACCCAAGGUUUCCGGUCAGCUUCCCGAGAAGAUGGAGACAGACGAGAGUGCUGUCAAGGAAGGCGAAGAGGCCAAAGAGGCUACCAAGGAGGAGGGUCAGAAGAAGAAGGCGGAGAAGGAGAAGGUCGGAUACGAGCUGGAGAACAUGUCUCGUGUGCUCCCAGCCCAGUUGAAAUACUUGACCUUCCCCGACCCUCGAUACGAGCCUGUCAAGCGACCUACUGGAGGAGUGGUUGUUGUUCUUGACAAGAAACCAGAUGAACCACGCGAGACAAUCGAACUGCGAGCCACCACUGAGAUUCGACAAGCGGCUUUCUCAGAUGCUAUGCAAUACUUCACGGACCGUAUACAGGCUCAGGGAGCUGCCAAUGCUGCCUUUGAGACACCACAGCGAGGCGACGCCGGAGCAGCUGCAACUGGCGCUGCUCUAGCGGCAGGCGUACUCACUGCCGUUGACGAAGAUGAAGAGGGUGCGGAGGAUGCCCCUGUUCCCGAUGAGUUCGGCUACGAGACGGAGAAUAUGGAGGAAUAG